GUUUAUCGUCAUCGCGAAGUCCCCCGCACGGCUCGGAAGGAGAAAGAAAGAAAGCACACACGCAAGCCGGCAGCUGAUCGACUGUAUCGCCUUCUUAUAUCAUCUAUUGCCUUUACACCGCCCCCGCAUUCGUCGCCUUCACAGCGACAAGGGUGGCACGAUCACCACGGGUCUUCGCUUUCCCAAUCUGCGCACACACGCACACACAUAUCUAUACAUCCAUUCGUCUUCCGUCAAAAACGAGGGGUUUUUGUUUUUGGUUAUCGAAGAGCGUCGUUUCACUCGUGUUCUCAAAUAUCUAUCAUCAAAUACGGUUCUUCCGUCUACCCCCUUUGUGUUGACGCCGUUUCCGCCGGUCCAAUGCCGUUGAUCUGCCCAACGUAGUUGAUAGCAAAUUUACUGUUGUGGUGGUCCCUCUGUGACUCCGUGUUCUCCAGCUGCAACGGCUGCGGCGGCGGCGGCGGUGUGUGCGUGGGUGCGUCAUCGUCACCCGGGGAGCAACAUAUUGAUCUAGUUUCUUAGUUCUCAAACACAGCGUUGGUCGCCUCUUCGCCUCCUCCACCGUCGAUCACCGCAGACUUCAGCAGCAGCGCGAAAGAGAAGGCGUGUGCGUACGCAAAAAAUAUAUAUAUAAGAUGGUGAAGGCGAGCGAUAGCGGAGGAGGCAGCCAUGUUUCUUCCCAUCGCUACGCGCCUACGCGGUUGCUGCACGUGCUCCACACCGUAGAACGCCUGAAUUCCCGCAAGGAGCCUCUAGAGCACCCCGCCGCCUUCCUGCUGGACCGUGUGCAUACCAUCGAACUAUGGCGGCUGAGUGGAAGAAGGUUGAACCUUCUCCAGUUGGGUGCCGCUCUGGUGCGCGGCGUGCUGCAGCGAGGUCGUGACAGCGCCACGCCUCUGCAUGUCUUCGGGCCGAUCGAAGACAGUUCCCCUCCUCCCUCGUCUUCCGAUGCUGUGUCCGCGGAGGUGAGUGCGUUGCCGGGCAACGGCGGGGAAGGAGAACGCCUUGCGGAGCAGAGCGCGCUACCCGCGACGGCAGCGCCGCACGGCGAGACGCCUCUACACCGUCACGUGCACCACCGCGAUGACCCCGCGCCGCCUAGCGUGGCGCGAGUCGUACUCGUACAGUCCGCCGGUGAGGCGUCGCCGGAGUUGUACAUGGGCCUCCUCGUUGGCCUUUUUGGUAGCGGCGUUUCCUCCUUGUCCCAGCGUGACGGGCCGCCAUCGGUCGCUGCGUCCUCCGCGCGCCCCGAAGAUGCGGCAGCAAAGGCAGCCUCCUCACCGCAGCAACAAUUGUCCGCGGAGGCCGCACGCGCACUGCACGAGGUGCACCGCGCCGCUCGCGACAUCAUCCAUCUCAUGUUCGCGGAGGUGACCAAAAUAAACGCACUCGUAGCCAAGACAGCACCGGCGCACGCGCGUGUGGGGCAGCGGGGUGGUGAGCACGCACCGCCCAGCAAAGACGCCCGUCCUGUGCCCGGUGAGGCCGUGCCGUCCACCGCGUCGCUCGAGGCGCAGGCGCACGAUCUCUGCCUGCGGCUGACGCGCCUCACCGCGAAUCUGUACAGCCUGCUGUCCUUUCUCGACUUCUUCAGCGUGGAGGCGGAAGCGGAAAGCCAAACCGGGGCAGAACACAACUCACAAGACGCAAGCGGAAGAGGGGAGGAAGAGAACCGGUUGAAAGCAGCACCGGCGUCGGCCCCUCACACAAAGACAGCGGCGCAGAGCAGCAAAGGUUUUGCGGCGGGUCUUUCCUCUGCUGUGGCCGCCAUUGCGAGCGCCAUCGCCGAUAGCGGCUCCCAGGCGGUCGGUCUCGACGCUGGCCUUUCCCUCUCCCCUAACGGCAACCCGCGCCACCGCCACAUGCACGACACGGCUGAUGCGAACCCACCGCAUCAUCGCAGCGCAGCUGACACGUCACGACGUGUCGCGUCAAGGCCCGCACCGAAGGAGCCGGUACCGGCAGCAGGUGGGAGCGCCUGCCACCACGGCCGAGCCCUCUACACCGUCGCGUACUUCCGCACCCUCUUUGACACAGCUGGGCAUCUGCCGCUGUGUGUGUGGGACAUCUUGGCGACCGCCACGACGGUGCUGUCGCAGUGCGGCGUGUCGUGGUCUCUCACCCACGGUGAUGCGGCGGUGGGGGCCAACUUCAACGCCACCGCUGCCGUCGUGUUUAGCGAGGCGCAGCUGAGUCUUUCGCGGCAGCUGCAUCGGCUGUGUCGUCGCUUCGAGGUGCUGCGGCAGCGCGUCUACGCCCUCUACCCCGUCAGCCCGGUCCGCUUCAAAGUGAAGCAAAUCUUAGACUGGGCGGGCUUUCUUUACGCGGAUGAUCCGACGUUUCGCUCCUCCCACGACGGCGCCGCCACUUUGGUCGAUCUGCACGAGGACGCGCUACACAAAGUGUACCCGCUGCGGCCCCGCUGGGGCAUCACGGCAGACAACAAGAAGGCGCUGCAGCUGGUGGCGGCAACUCCCUACACCCCGCCUACACCGAAUGAGACAUCGAACAGCGCAGCAGCAGCAGCAACAACAGCGUUCCCCCCGCGGGUUUCGCCAGCAGCGACCGACGCCAGUAAAAUGCCAGUCUCGUCGUUGCUCGCCACCCUCGCGUCCGUCGGCACGAGCGGGUUUACCGGUGGCGAGCGAAAUCGAUUUUCCAUGUUCAGCAGUCACCUCGGCGCCGACCCAGCGAUGAAGAAUACCAGCAGCUACGGCCGCCUCGCACCCGCACCCUCCGCCGCACAACCCAGUGCGGUGGGGCGGCUCUCGACCGUGCCGGGUUGGGUCGGGAUGCGCAACAGCGGCAACACGUGCUUCUUAAACAGCGUAGUGCAGCUGCUCAGCUCGGCGGUGCUCUUCCGAGACAACCUGAUCGCACGUGUGCAGCAAGCCGUCUUCCGGCGAUCCGCCACGUCAGCUCUUGACAGCAGCACUCCGUCCCCACGCGAUGUCAGCUCUUCCGCCGCCGCCGUGCAGGAGCCCGACUUGACGGCACCAUUUCGCAAAUACGGAUGCCGACUGGCGCUGGUGCUGCUCCUCGGUGAGCUGCAGUGGCGCGCGCGGUACCGCCACGAGGAGCACCCGGUGCUGCCGGACUACUUGGACUCGCAGCUUCCCACCCCCUUCAACGACCACCGCCAGCAUGAUGCGUCGGAGUUUCUGCAUGCGCUUUUGGAUCAGCUUGACGCACCGGCGCAGCCCGGCGGUGCUGUCGUGGGGCGGUGGUUUAGCGGAAAGACGGCGACGACGAUGACGUGCACCCGCUGCGCGCACUCCCGCACCCACGUAAACGCCUUCUGGGACGUCUCCAUCCCGAUCCUGCCCCCGCCGUCCUCCGCAAACCGCCCGGGCGAAGGGGGCGGCGGUGAUGGGGGAGUUGUCGCAGCGCGUACGCAAAAUGAGGAGGGGGACGAGUAUGGGAAGGCAAGCAACCCACAGCAGCUGGUAGAGGUGGUGCAUUUUCCAGGAGCCACGGCAACAACCACGACGUACGUGAGCGGCGGCUACCGUGAAGGUACCGCUGCUCCGGCACCGAUUCCUGCGGCUGCCGCUGCUUCGAUGAGCGACGAAGGCGAGACGGACGUGCGACUCCACAGCAACGACCACAACCAAACGGCAGAAGCGGUGCUUCCACUUCCACGUCCUGCCUCCGCCGAAGCGGCGCCGCACGCGGCCGACACACCCAACUCUGACGCACGAUGGAAAAAGUACACGCUGCAGCAUCUCCUUCUCCAUGUGUUGCACCCCACGUUAAACGAGGAGCUGCUGCACGGCGGCAAUGCGCUCGACUGCGAGUACUGCGGCCGCCGCACGAGCACCGCGCUAACUACGCAGCUGGUGGCGGAAGUUAGCGCAGAAGAGACGAGCCAACGAGUGGCUUCGAUCUCAACAGACGGAGUGAGCGCCCCCACGAGUGAGACCUCGUUGGGGCCGGACAGACUCUUCAAAGCUGCUCCAUCGGCCAUGCCGGGCACGCAUGCCCCCCACGAAGGCAGCAGUCCAACCAAAGCAUCGCCGUCUUGCUCGACGUCAAGUCCACGAAACGGAAUGGGUGUGGCCACGGGCACACAACCCGCGCAUCAAGACUUCUCUCCCCCUUCCAGCCCCUCCUCUCCCACCGCUGCGCACCGCACCGCAGCAGGCGGCGGUCUUCCCUGGUACUUGGCCCUGCAACUGAACCGAUUCGCGUACCAGCGAGCAACGCAGUCCUAUGCCAAAGUGACGGAUGGCGUCCCGCUGAACGAGGUCGUGGUGGUGCCCGCGUACCCAAUGCAAGAGAACACCCCGACCCCUCGGCAAGCAGCGCGGUUCGACAGCUCUGGACAGCAGCGGCACAGCAAGGGCAGCGGGGAUGAAGAAGGCGAGGCCGCAGCACAAAGCAGCAGCGGCGGCAGCAGCGGCGGCAACGCGAUGACGGUCACCGCCACGCCGGUGUGGGUAGCCUAUCGUCUGCAGACCAUCGUCGUGCACAGCGGGUCGACACCGAGCAGUGGGCACUACUUUGCUCUCACACGCAGCCCACCCAGCCUCUGCAGCCCCGCUGCGGAGGCCCCCAACGGGGAUCAAAUUCAAACAACGCACAUGGAGGACGGAGAGGCCCCGACUUCGCCAUCGGUAAACCUCGAGAACAUCCGCGCGUACGUGCGUGAGCAGGGAGCUGCCUUCUCAAACGUGUUGGACGUGGAUCGCGUCUUUGCGGCGUCGUCACCGGUCAGCUCCACCGCAGCCACGGAGGCGGCAAAUGCUGGUGACGAGUCCCCGCACAGCACAUCGACGAGGACACGCGUGAUGAAACCAGCGGCGCACCACGACAGCGAAGAGGAGCCGCGCAGCGUGCCAGUCUUACGCAGCACAGCCACCACCGCUACCACCACCACAGCAACAAAAGCUGAGGAAGAUGGGGAGGAGGAAGAGACGAACUCGGCUUCCAAAUGCGAGGCGCCGGCACAGGAAGGAAAGGAAGAGGCGGAGAUGCACUCUGCACUCCUCCGCUCCUCUCCUAGCCUCCCCCCGGCUGCAGUAUCCGUCUCCGGCGCUGCCUUCUACGAGAACUGGGUGAUGCUCAACGACUCGAACGUGCAGGCGGUGUCACAGGAGAGCAUGCGCCGUAUCUUGAACGGAGGCGACAUCGGUGUCUACUCGGCCCUGGAGACGCCCUACUUGAUGCUGUAUGAGAAAAUCCCUGCUUGCUAUCUGCGCUGCAGCGGCGACGACGGCGGCGAGGAGGAAGGACGGGAGGCGUCGUUGUUAUUCGAAGUCUGCGCCACGCCCGCACGCGCUCUUCAGCGUGUGUGGGAAGACGGGCGAUGCGACCCGCUCUCUCCGGCGGCCUCUCCUUCCCCUGCAGCGUUGACACCGGUGGAGCUGGCAGCAGAGGCGGUCGCCAUCUUCCGCGCACGCCUGCACGAAGAGGAAGCGCGAGCGCACACGGCAAGCCUCCUUGCCACGACAGCAGCAGCAGCAGCAGCUACCUCUGCCGCUGCUUCUACAACCGUCGAUGAUGCAGUACACGUGGCAGCAUCGCCGAACACGACUGCCGCCUCGGCCGGAGCGCUAAUCCCGUACGUCUCCAAGGACGAGGAAGCAUCGCUGCAGCGUCCAGCGACGACAACCACCGCAAAAACGUCGGCGCCGUCGUGCACGCAGAGCAGAACACACCCGAUGAUGACGCCGUCGUCCGCCGCGGCGAACUCGUCGAAGCGGCUGCGGGCGAAGGCGGCGGCGUACGCACAGCAGGUACGCCUGUCGCGACAGCGGCUCACACGCGCUUCCGUUCCUGCCUGUGAGCCGCCGCCGGAUGUUGAGGAGAAGAAGGAGGAGGCCGAGGAGAGCCACAACUCAGCUUCUGAUGAUGCCGUGUCAUUGGAUUAG